UUAGAUAGAGACCAUACCUCAGUGAUAGAGACCCGCUACGCAGUUCGCUGUACGAAUAGAGACGAUCGUUUUAUACACACACACAAGCCCAGACGCAUGGGGUAGGAUUAAUAACACAACUAACCAUGGGAGACAACUGGAUCCUAAUUAUCAUGCCGUUUCUGUUGUGUCCGCUGACGGGCUGGUCUAAUCCCGUCAUCUUCCCGAGUGGACCUCACCUGGUGGUUCCGAAAGGCGGGGCUCUGGAACUCCGCUGCCAUGACAACACCAACGCUGACGCCAACACUCCAUCAACUGUUGUCUCAGGGGGGGUGAGGUGGCAGAGAGAGAGGGGGAGGAGGCUGGAGGGGGAGGUAGAGGAGGGAGGAGGGGUAGUGUUUAUUAGGGUGCAGUCUGCCCAGGGAUAUCACAUGGGACGAUACACCUGCAUCAACAACAACACCAAGGAACGCUCCUCCAUUUACGUCUUUGUGAAAGACCCCCAGAGUCCGUUCCAGCGUUCUAUGGUGAAUGGCAUUCUGGUCCGCGUCGGGGAGGACCUGACUUUACCAUGCCUGGUCACCGACCCUGAUGUGACCCUCGUGACCUUACAGACCUGUGACUUACAUCCUGUACCCUCCGACCUCCAUUACCACACCGACCCCCAGCGCGGCGUCGUCAUCGGUAAUGCCAGGAAGGAGUACGAGGGUUGCUACGUAUGCGUGGGCGAGCUGGGAGGAGCCACCGUGAGGUCGAGCCAGUAUACUGUGGACAUACGGCUAGUCCCUGAGCAGCCUCCAGUGAUCAGUCUGUCCCAGAGAGAGAGGGUGAUCCUGAGGAGAGGAGAGCAGUUUGAGAUCACCUGCAGAUCCUCAAACCUCAACCCUGACUUCAGCAUUAAGUGGGACUUCCCUGUUGGAGCACGUGCCUUCCAGGACCACACCUCCCACAUCCUGUCUGGUUCCCGUGGAUACCAACGCUCCGCCUCCCUCUCGAUCGCCUCUGUCAACCAAUCAGACGCCGGGGCAUACCGAUGCCACGCCCACAAUGAGAGGGGCGCCACCGCCGAUACCCUGCAGCUGGAUGUCCGUGAGCGAGGCUUCAUCAGUAUGCUGGGUGACUCCCGGCCUAGCCAGUUUGCUGUCAGAGAAGGGGAGAGCCUAAGCCUCAGGGUAGAGUUGGAGUCCUACCCCAGACCUGGCACUCUGUCCUGGGCUUACAACGGCAAGACCCUCCACAACACCACGGAGCACGUCAUCACUGUCCAUCGAGACAGAUACAGGUACGUCAGUGAGCUGCGGUUGGUGAGGGUCCAUGGGUCAGAGGGCGGGAUCUACACCUUCCUAGCCAAUCACGAGGACGCCUCUGUCAAUCAAUCAUUCCCUGUCUAUGUGAACAGUAAGCCCGUCAUCAUUUCCCAGGAGGGACCAGUUGAUGGACAGGUGCGCUGCGUUGCCGCCGGUUACCCGGCCCCUAAAAUCAGCUGGUUCUACUGUGAACUGCCCCACACACGGUGUUCCCACCUGACCAACGCCACCCAAUGGGAGCAGCAGGAGGUUGCCACGGUACACGGUAUCCAGUCGGCCUUCGGCAGCAGCGAGGUGGAGAGCCGACUGAACGUCACGAAGGGAGACACACACACACACUACCACACGUUGGAGUGUGUGGCCACCGUGCAGGGCGAGCAGGCUUACACACUGUUCUCCAUCAGCGAGCGCACCGUGGCCCAUAAGCUCUUCACCCCUCUGCUGACUGGUGUGGUUGUUACAUCUGUAAUACUGAGCAUCAUACUGGUGGUUCUCCUCUACAAAUACCUUCAGAAGCCCAAGUUCCAGAUCCAGUGGAAGGUGAUUGACAGUAUCCACGGCAACAACUACAUCUACAUCGAUCCCACCCAGCUUCCCUACGACCCCAAGUGGGAGUUCCCCAGGCAGAAGCUGCGCUUUGGUAAGAUCCUGGGUUCGGGGGCCUUUGGUAAGGUGGUGAGAGCCACAGCCUACGGACUGUGUUCUGCUGACUCCGUCACGACUGUCGCUGUCAAGAUGCUCAAACCGAGCGCCCACUCCACCGAGAAGGAGGCUCUGAUGUCGGAGUUGAAGGUUCUCAGUUACCUAGGCAACCAUGUCAACAUCGUCAACCUGCUGGGAGCUUGCACUGUGGGAGGGCCGACGCUGGUGAUCACAGAGUACUGUUGCUAUGGAGAUCUGCUCAACUUCUUGCGUAGGAAGAGAGAGACGUUCUUCAGCGCCCAGGCAGCUGAUGGGUACUACCGAAACAUCAACAACCACCAAGAACCACAGAGAGAUGGGAACGGUAACGGUUACAUGCCUAUGCGUACGUCUGAGAAAGACAGAACGUCCUCCCAGUCAGAUGAUAAGGGGUGUCUGAGUAUAGAUGACUUGUCGGUGGACACAGAUGAUCUACUGAGCUUCUCCUACCAGGUGGCUAAGGGAAUGGAGUACAUCACCUCCAAGAAUUGUAUCCACAGAGACCUAGCAGCCAGGAACAUUCUGCUGACUCAGGGUAGAGUAGCUAAGAUCUGUGACUUCGGAUUGGCCCGAGACAUCACCACCGACUCUAACUACGUCCUCAGAGGCAAUGCCCGUCUCCCAGUGAAGUGGAUGUCUCCAGAGAGUAUCUUUGACUGUGUUUACACCUUGGAGAGUGAUGUCUGGUCAUACGGUAUCCUGCUCUGGGAAAUAUUCUCUUUAGGUAGCAGUCCGUAUCCUGGUAUGCAGGUGGGUUCAGCGUUCUACAGGAUGAUCCAGGAAGGACACAGGAUGAACAGACCUGAGGUGGCUCCCAGAGAAAUUUAUGACAUGAUGUUGUCCUGUUGGAGUGAGGAUCCUCUGAAGAGACCUUCCUUUAGGAAACUAGUAGAGAGGACCGAACUACUGCUGUCAGAAAACACCAAGAACGUGUACCUGAACCUGAGCUACAGAGCUGUUCCUCCAGACCAGCAGAGGGCAGCGUCUCAGAGACUGAGCUCAGUGUGCAGCACUACAGCCCCGACACAACCACUACUGCUGAAUACUGCUGAUGUGUUCCUGGACUACGACACUGUCUGAAUAAUGGACAUACUGUACACACACACACACACACACACACACACACACACAC